AUGCCUGCUAGAACAGGAAAAAGCAAAGGUGCUAGCGCCAAUUCAGGAUGGAAACUCAGGACAAGUGGCUCGAACUCUGUGCUUCAUCGAGCUCUGAAAAGGGCCAAUAAUAAGAACAAGGGGGGUGAACCCGCAGAAACCACUCGAACCGCCACUGUGGAUGGCAAAAAGGUCACCUUUUCCUUGGUGAAGAAUGUCACGAAACGUCCAAAAACCAGUCGCAUGGAGAGAACAAAAUUUAACUGCAGGAGUGUCAAUGUGCAUCAGACAAAUCCUAUCGGAAGACUCGCGGUUGGGGUCAGAAGAUGGCUCACCAAGAGAGAUAUUCCAAUGCUGACGUUGCUCUAUAUUGUAUCAUUCUUGGGAAUGAAUGCUGUAUUCGGGGGCCUUUUCUUCAUCCAAGAAGGAACGUGCUGCGAAGAUGACUCCAUGACAUAUGCCCAAAACUUUGAUUUUGCAGUUCAGACAUCUUCUACAAUUGGAUAUGGAGGAUAUUGGCCUAAGGGAUACGUCAACAAUGCAUUGGUUGUAUUUUUGUCAUUAUUGUCCAUCCUUCUAUCUACAAUGUAUGGGGGGUUACUAUUCUUCAAGUUUAUAGUCGCAGAGGCCAACCUCGAGUUCAGUGAAGUCCUGACACUUUCCAAUGUUUUGUAUGAGCCAUGUUUGGAGAUUCGUGUUGGCAAUGCUGAUGGCCUGGAUAACCCACUCAUCAAUGCUGAAGCUAGUUUAAGUAUCAUAUCAACGCAAGAAUACCGAUGUGAUGAUGACAAUUCCAAGAAGAGGUUAUCCCAAACGGAAGAGUUGCCCUUGGCUGUCAGUUCUCAUCAUCGAUUGGAUACCGUCUGGACACUGCGACAUUUUAUUGACGAGAAGAGUCCACUGUACGGUUUUCGUUUUGAUGAAUUCCCAGCGACUACCAUAACCCUCAUCCAGCUCCAUAUCAAGGCGAUCCAAGUACGGACCAAAGGGGAAGUUUUCAGUCGAGCCUUGUACCAAACUCAAGAUAUUAUGGUUGGUCAUAAAUUCGAAGAUCAAGCCGUAUGGGAUCUACAAGCAAAAAAAGGUUCUUUUGAUUUUGCCAAACUUAGCAGCACACGUCCCUCACUUGUAUGGUACCCGAACUCAACAGACAUUCUUGGAAUGGAGAAGUGA